AUGGAUAACCGGUUAAGACUGCAGCGCCUGCUGCAGGACCUUUGUACACUAGCACCAGAGGACGCUAUCAGUCAUCUCCUGGCUUUGUUAAAUAAAGAGAAUGGACCAUGGCCUUUUCGAGACCUCAUUCGCAGUUACCAAGAUCUCUGGAAGGCCUUGCCGGAGGCUGUUCGGGAUGGCAGUGACUCAAAAUGGAACACCACAAUAGACCUGCUAAAGCUUAGAUUAAAGCACUUCGCACCAAAUAUGGAAGAUCUCCUACACCAUAAGUCUCUACGGCCGGCACUAAUCGACACCGAAGCUAACCAAGAGAUAUCCCAUGCCGUACUUCAUGGAUUCGUCAAACAAUUCGACCUGGGACUUGCCUGCUCUGCUAGUAGAAAACCUCGAGUCAUGGUUAUCUUGCCCAACGGUCCUUUGUUGGCUCUUGCGGUCCUUGCGGUAGCAAAUCGCUAUACACUGGUGCCAAUGGCAAGAGCUGUGACAGCUGAACAGCUGAAGAUGGAUAUUAAGGCUGUAGAGGCCGAUGCGGUUCUCAUGCUUGAAGAAGAUGUUCAAAAGUUUCAAAUUGAGUCUGAAAUUACUAUCUUCAUCGUCAAACCCGAAGACAACCUGACCUUUCGAGUAUCCCGUUGGAACGAUGCUGGCUCUUCAACCAUUGCUCGUGUGAGGCCUAAUGGGCCAGAUGAUUUCGCUGUGAUUCUCUUUACCAGCGGAACGAGUGGCACCAAAAAACUAGUGCCAAUCACCACAUUCAACCUACUGGCUAGUAUUAUUUUCACGACGGACAGCCUGGGUUUACGGGAUACCUCAUCUUGCCUUAACAUGAUGCCUUUACACCAUGUAGGUGGAAUGGUACGGAGCUUGUGGGCUCCGGUAUUUGCAGGUGGCACUACAAUAUGCUGCCCUACAUUCGAUCCCAGUUUCUUUUGGGACGCUGUUGAGAAGUGGUGCCCAACGUGGUACUAUGCAACACCAACCAUGCACCAUAUGAUAUUGGCUGAAGCAGAGAACUGCCAGGAGUCUAUUCACAAAAGCUCUAUCAAAUUCAUCUGCAAUGCAGGUGGGGGCCUUCCUCCAACCCUUGCGGAGCAGCUCCAUUCUACCUUCGGUUGUGUUGUUUUGCCGAGUUAUGGAAUGACAGAAUGUGCUCCUAUUGCGGCGCCACCUCUGGACUACGACCUCACUCGAGUUGGGGCAUCUGGCCUCCCAGCAGGCCCUGACCUUGCCAUCCUGGAUAUAUCACGACCGUCUCGCGUUCCUACUGGUGCAACAGGAAGGAUUUGUGUGAGAGGACUUCCUGUUUUCAAUGGGUAUCUAACGCCCACUGGUAUUGAUAGAAGCGCUUUCGAUGCAGCGGGAUGGUUUGAUACAGGAGACCUUGGCCGCAUUGAUGAGGCAGGAUACCUCUACAUCACUGGGAGAAGCAAAGAAGUCAUUAAUCGCGGCGGGGAAAUAAUUUCUCCCCUGGAAGUAGAGGAUGCUAUCAUUUCAGCGUCAAAGGAUCCCUCAUCUGCUAUCUUUGGCCGCGUGACAGAAACCAUGGUGUUUUCUACACCCCAUGGUGUAUUACAAGAGGUUGUCGGUGCUGUUAUUGUGACUCCCGCUGGACGCAAAAGACCCGAUCUCCGGCAAAUACAUGAAGCGUUGAAAGACCGCCUGGACCAACCCAAAUGGCCCACAGUCCUGGUAUAUAUGGAUAAUAUCCCGAAAGCUCACAACAAACUCCGCCGCAUACAACUCAGUCGCCGAUUAGGCCUAGAGAUACUUACAGACGAUACCUUGCCAUCCGAUUGUCACUACGAAGCAAUCUGCCCUCCACCGGAAACUUCGUUAGAUGUCUUAAUUGAUCAAAGGAGAUGUGUUAUACAGCCUGAAGUGACGAAGGCACAUCUUUCCGAGAUCUCUGGGAUAUCAGAUGUUUUGAUCCGGACAAACCCAAUAGACGGGUACCUUACAGCUGUCUUGUUUAAUGACAUUCCGAGUCAACUACUCCCUCAUGAGAUAUCUAGACAUCUUCGCAUUCUCGUUGAUGGAUACCUUGUUCCGAGUAGUAUCCGGAUCGUUGACGGGCCUGCACCGGUAGACUCCGCAGACAACAUUGAUGAAGCUGCCGUAGAUGCCAUAAUUCUCUCUCAGGCACAAUAUUCCACUUCACCUACUGAACAAAGGGUUUGCGGUCUCUUUGCCGAUGCUCUACGAUUAACACCAGGAGACGUGACUCCUACUACGGACUUCUUUCUAGCUGGUGGGGAUAGCUUAACGGCUGGACGCCUUGUUUCUCGAAUUCGUCAAGAAUUCAGUGUUCGACUUGCUAGUGACGUACUAUUUCGGCACAGUACAGUUUCUGAAGUAAGCAUUGUCGUCGAGGAGGCUAUGGCCCAGCCGAAAGCUGAAGAGAAGAAGUCGGAAGACCUCCCUGGUUGCGUAGAGACAUACAGGUCCACAAACCCAGCCAUCCUUCUACUCAACUUGAUACCCCUGGGUGUUUUCUCCCCAAUAUUACAAACGCUACGAUGGUCCAUGUUUGUGUAUAUUCUAAUUCAAACCUUCCGCUGGCAGAUCCGUGACACUGUUAUUGGUCGGCUUUUCCCCAUUCUUUUAUCCGGGGUGGUAUCUCGACAAGUGAUGCAUGUUUUCUCUCCUCUUCUGGGUAUUGCAUUCAAAUGGCUACUCAUUGGUCGAUACCGGGCUGGUAUAUAUCCCAUGUGGGGACCAUAUCAUUCUCGGUGGUGGUUGACACAAAAGGUUCUACAAGUGUGUGGAAAGGGUAUCUUUGGCCACUUCGGCUUCACUCGAGUCUUAUACUACCGCGCUCUUGGGGCUCGUAUUGGCCGUAAUGUUCGCAUUCAUCCGCAGGCUUCCCUUGGGGAGUACGACCUAAUUGAAAUCGGUGAUAAUGUUGUGCUCGAUGACUGCUCAUGCCGCCCCUUUUCCGCAGAGCGGAAUACGUCUAUGCUACUACAGCCAAUUCUUAUCGGCGCGGACUGUACCGUGGGCCUCAAGGCAGUCAUUGCCUCUGGCACAAACCUUCCCCAGGGAACUUGUUUAGGGCCAAAUACAUCUAGCUGGGAAAUGGAGGAUGCACAAGAGUCAAAUCGCGAGCUAGCUUCUGCACAGAUCCCACAACCACACUGGAUUUGGUAUGUACUAGUCGUGGGACCGCUGUCUUUGCUAGUAUCAUUCGUCUCUCGAUUACCAGCUAUAGUAGCCUUCUUCCCCGUGGUUAUGAAAUACCGACAAGUUGAAAAUGACAUGCUCCGUCAACAGGUACUCUGGUUUGUGAGUCCAUCACGUAUUGGGUAUUAUGCUCUAGUGGUACUCGCAGGGGCCGUUGUCGGUCCAUUCUCUUGGUUCCUUGCUGUAUACCUUGUUAAGCUGGGAUUGGACUUGGUCUGUGGUCGACCACGGCCUGGUCCAUACAAUCUGCAUUCCCAGAGACAGAUGGUCCGAAGCGCCGUGUUGGAUUCCAUUAUCCCACGAGGAGAUAUAUCUCGUUUGACUCGUAUUAUAGGGACACACUAUGAACUCGUCUCUAUUGCAGUUAGAAUGCUCGGUGGACGUGUCGGUAAACGAGUUUACUGGCCAGGCACUGGAAUUGCAAUGGUCCAGGAUUACGAUCUCCUGGAGAUUGGAAACGAUGUCGUAUUUGGAUCCCGAUCUACUUUUGUUACCUCUGACGGGAUAGGGAGGGACCGUAUAGUCAUUGGGGAUGGGGCGUUUGUGGGAGACCACGUUGUUGCUCUUCCUGGAGUUACGGUUGGAAAACGCACAACAAUUGGGUCAGGGGCGCUGCUACGUCGAAACGGUUCAUACCCAGACAAUACAACCUGGACUGGAAGCAAGCAUGGGGAUGCGAUACAAUUUCCCCAGAAUAAUUCUCCUCGAAACCAAAGCCAAGAAAGUUUGGAUAAAAUGGACCUAAAAAAUGACGACAACGAUACGAUAUCGCCGUUUGGACGAGCCUUUUACAAGGGACAGGCAAGUUACUAUGUGCUCGGGAUCGGACCGAUUGUCGCAUACUCUACCCUGGCUGCAGCUAUCGGGGCAGUGUACUCCGCUUCCAGUAUCCUUACAGGUUUACUGGUUGUCUCUCGGUUGGUAAGGAUGGAUCAUAUGAUGGCUGGACGACACUGGUGGAGGCCUUUCAUAUUUUAUGCAGCGUUCACCGCGGUUGUGGGAGUGGUGACUCUAGUGCAGGCGGCUAUAGCCAUGGGAAUCAAAAUAGCUGCCAAAUGGAUGAUCCUUGGACGGCGACGGGAAGGAUUUUAUCCAUGGGACCGAAGCAGCUACUGCCAGCGCUGGCAAAUUCUUCUCACUAUCGAGAGAAUUUUCACCGGGUAUUCUGGACGUAUGAAUGCGAUGGUUUUACUGACUGGGACGGCAUAUAUGGUUCAAUACUAUCGAGCGCUUGGGGCCACAAUAGGUGCUGACUGCGCAUUAGCAGCCAGCGGUGAGGCAGACUUACUGAUGACGGAGCCUGACCUGGUGACUUUAGGAAACCGAGUUACUAUUGACCAUGCCAGUUUAGUGGGCCAUUUAAACACCAGGGGAGAUUUUGAGCUUCACCCGUUGCAGGUGGGAAGCCGAAGUGUUCUCAGAACCAAGUCAAGACUGUUAUCGGGAGCAUCGGUGGGGGAUGAUGCGUGCUUGCUGGAACAUACCCUGGUUCUGUCAGGAGACCAUAUAGAUGAUGGUUGUACGGUUCAGGGCUGGCCUGCCGAACCCUUCAUGGAUUCACGGGUAGGGCAUUCCUUUCACCUACCAUAA